AUGUCAGCCGCAGACGAGCUCUUGAGAGAUUUUGAGGAGGAUAUGGAGGACCUGGAGGCGGACGGCCUCCAGGAGAACGAAGGCCUCCAGGAAGGCGAGAAUGUGGCGGAGAAGGACGAGCCCAGCAGGGAAGACACUGGGGUGAAGAAUGACUUCGAGGUUGCCAUGUCCACGGCCGAUGAACUCUCACGACUACACAAAGUGCUGCGCGACCACUACUCGAUUCGAUUUCCAGAGCUCGAGACUCUGAUUACGAAUCCUAUCGACUACGCAAAAACAGUCGCUAUCUUGCAAAAUGGCCCGCUCAACAACAUCAAAGAGCUGGCGAACUCGUCAGACAACAUGGUCGGGGUGCCGCUCAAAUCCAUUCUGGAUGGGCCAUCGUUGAUGGUUGUCGCGGUCGAAGGAACGACGACGCGCGGCCGAGAAAUGACCGAGGCGGAGCUGAAGAUUGUUCGCGACACCUGCGAGAAAAUCUUGAAGCUGGAUCGGGAGCGAACGGCGCGCAUUGAAAGCGUCCAGUCUCGUGUGACCGAAAUCGCGCCGAACCUGACCGCCUUGAUCGGGCCGCAGACUGCUGCUCAGUUUUUGAACCAGGCCGGUGGACUCAUGGAGCUUGCGAAGAUUCCCGCAUGUAACCUGGCGGCACAAGGGUCAAAGAAGCAGGAAGGCUUGGGGUUUGCGACCAACGUGGGAAUCCGGCAGCAAGGAUUUCUGUACCACUCGCCCAUCAUCCAGAGCAUUCCAAACGAUCUGAAGCGCCAGGCCAUGCGCAUCGUCUCCGCCAAAAUGGUGCUUGCUGCCAGAGCUGAUGUCGCUCGAUCCAGUCCCGACGGUUCGAUGGGGGAGGAGCUCAAGCGGCAGUGCUUUCAACGGCUUGAAAAACUGACGGAGCCACCACCGAACAGAGGUCCCCGUGCGCUCCCUGCGCCGGACGACAAGCCAUCCCGAAAGCGAGGAGGACGACGUGCUCGUAAGGCCAAGGAAGCCGUGGCGAUGACAGAGCUCCGCAAAGCCCAGAACAGAGUGGCCUUUGGCAAAGAGGAGCAGGAAGCCGGCUAUGGAACCGGAGAAGAGACCAUCGGGCUUGGGAUGCUCGGCCAGGAGAACGACGGCCGUGUUCGCGCCACGCAGAUCGAUCAACGCACGCGGGCCAAACUCAGCAAGUCCAACAAAGGCUGGGGCGGCAUCACCCCGCUCAGCGGUACGGCGACGUCGCUUCGGGGCGUUGGACCGGGCAGUGCGUCGGUUCUUCAGGCCAAGGGUCUCCGUACAUCGGGUGUUGGUCCAACUCUGGGAGCAGGGCCGGCAGGUACGGCCAGUUCGCUUGCAUUCACGCCCGUGCAGGGCUUGGAGUUGGUUGAUCCCAAAGUUCAAGCGGAGCUCAACCGCAAGCGCAAGGCCGAGGAGGACCGAUGGUUCAAGAGCGGGACUUUCACGCAGGUGGGCAAUCAGAGCAGUGCUGGGAAGGUCGAUAGUGCAGGGUUCAAAGUGCCCGAAAUCCCAGCCCGGAAGAAGGUUGAUACAGGCGAGGGCAAGAUGCCGCCGCCUCCAGUUCCGGUUAAAAAGUGA